AGGAUCUUUGCUGGACGGCUACUUUGUCCAUGCCUGAUUUAAAGAGGUGGAACCCUUAGAAGAGAGGCUGGGGACCCUGUCAUCCGCCGUGAUCAGUUUCAUUAUCCCCUGGUCAAGGAGUCCGGAGCCAAAAAUCCACAAGGCUGGGCACUCACUAGCCAGUGCACCAGCCUGAGGAAGGUAGCCGCCACCACACCCAUAGAAGACACCCAAGAAUCUCAGCAGCUGGCGGAGGUUAAGACCUGGAGUUUAGUAUCGCUGAUCCUCUGGGUGGAAAUCAAGACAAUAAUGUGUUACGGGCACACCGUGCCCCUCUCCGAGUGGGGCAAGAUCUUCUGCCUCUUCUACGCCGCCGUGGGCAUCCCCGUGACCCUCCUGUUCCUGGCCGACCUGCUUCGGCUCCUGGUGCCCCUCUUGAGCCACCGGCCCGUGCGGUACCUCCAUGCCCGCUGGGGCCUCCCGCUUGGCCCUGUGGCUCUGGGCCACGCCGUGGCGCUGGGGCUGGCGACGCUCGGCCUCUUCAUCCUCCUCCCGGCCAUCGGCUUCUGGGCGGCGGAGGAUCGGUGGAGCUUCCUGGAGUCGGUGUAUUUCUGCUUCAUCUCGCUCAGCACCAUCGGCUUCGGCAACCACGUGCCGUCGCAAGGGAACUCUGGAUCGCCUGCGCAUGUGCUGUAUGAACUCAGCAUCACCUGCUACCUCCUCGUGGGCUUGCUAGCCAUGGCGGCCACCCUGGAAACGGCGCAUCAGUUGCGGGAAGUCCGCGCCGUCAUCCAAUUUUUCGCUCCCGCCCGUGACCCGGUGGCCGAAGACCGCCAGGACAUCCUGGCCGGAGACCAGUUGACUUUAGCCACCGUGUCGAGGCCCGAUUCUCAGGAAGAGCCGGUGGGAGGCAGCGCCACUUGAUGCCUCGAAGAGCGGCGAAGGAGCGCCUUGGGUUUCCGAUGGGGGCUGUCUCCAUCCAUUCCCCCCCCCCAAGCUUGGGGCAAGAGAGCAGGACGAAACGGCCUGACGGGUUUGGCCGAAGCAAAAGAGGGGGGUGCAUUAAAAGGUUUCCAUCAUCCUUCUUCAGAACAUGUCUCUGGAAGUCGGUCCUUCGAUGCCGUAAACCCAAAACACUUCCAUUUUACUUCUCACUUUCCGGAGGCAUUGACUUUCAAGAGGACAGUCCUUGGCGGGGAGAGGCAGAGUUUGCAGAAUUAAAAAAAGCCUUGUU